ACAAAAUAAAAAUUAUAGUAAAUCCUUUUGAGUCUGGUCUUUGCUCUGCUCAGUCUCCUCAUAGCUUCUACUACCUACUCUUCUUCUAUCGAGAGAGGAAAGCAUGCCUCAACCAGAGUUUUAGUCUUUCUCCUUCUUCAUCUCUUUUGUUUUGUAAUGAAAUGAACCAAGAUCUUACCUUCUUCUUCCCUGGAAGAAGAUGGCUCUGAAUCAUCACCUGGAAUCCACUGCACAACACAACUCUGCAUUGCUUCUUGAUGCUCUUUACUGUUCAGAAGAGAACUGGGAGGAAGGAUUGAGGGAGGAUUACAUCGAAGAAGUAGAAGAAGAGGAGGAAGAAGAAAGAGGCUACAAUGGUGGUGAAGGAAAUGUUUUUCCAGUCUUGCUGGAACAGGACAUGUUCUGGGAAGAAGGAGAGCUUUCUUCUUUGUUGAAAAAGGAAGAGCAAAAUCAACUGUACAAGUGCAUUGACAACGACGUAAAUCUUGCCGGGGCUCGCCGGGAGGCCGUUCGGUGGAUGCUCAAGGUCAUUGCCCAUUACUCUUUCUCUGCUUUGACAGCAGUCCUUGCUGUGAACUAUCUCGAUAGGUUCCUGUUUAGCUUUCAAUUCCAGAGGAAGAAGCCAUGGAUGACCCAGCUCACGGCGGUGGCUUGUCUUUCUCUUGCUGCCAAGGUGGAGGAGACCCAAGUUCCCCUCUUGCUGGAUCUGCAAGUAUAUGUGGAGGAGAGUGGGUAUAUGUUUGAGGCCAAAGCAAUCCAAAGCAUGGAGAUUUUGGUGCUCUCAACUCUUCAAUGGAAGAUGAAUCCUGUGACCCCACUUUCAUUUCUUGAUUACAUCGCAAGGAAGCUGGGGUUAAAGGACCGUCUAUGUUGGGAAUUUCUCAGGAGAUGCAACCUCAUUAUGCUCUCUGUCAUUUCAGACUUGAGGUUCAUGCGCUAUCUUCCUUCUGUAAUGGCAACUGCUAUAAUGCUGCAUGUUCUGGAUUGUGUCGAACCCAAUCUUAGAUUGGAAUACCAAAACCAGGUCUUGGGCAUACUUGGACUCGAUAAGGACAAGGUGGAUGAUUGCUUUAAACUGAUUAUAGAAUCAGCAAGAGACCAUUCCACUCAUUCCAACAAAAGGAAGUUUGAUUCUAUACCUGGCAGCCCAAAUGGCGUGAUAGAUGUGUCGUUCAGCUCUGAUAGCUCGAACGACUCAUGGUCAGCAACAUCAUCUGUGUCAUCCUCGCCGGAGCCUCUGUCCAAGAAGGGCAGGACUGAACAGGACCAGCUUCUGCAUAGGCUGAGCCAUGCAUCUCCAGAUAUUCUCAACAUUCCCCCCUAGUACCGCGGCCUCAAUUGCUCUUUUUUCCUCAAGAACUAUAUAGCUUCUGUAAUAAUUAUUAUAUGUUCUUUUCAUUUGCAAAUUAAAAUUGCUUACCAUCUCUGCAUUUUGCAAUCAAAACCCAAUUGAGAUUUUCCCAUUGGGUGAUUGCAUUGGUGCUGUGGAAUCGUGGAGAUUUAGAAGCUGAGAUGUUUGGCAUUUCACCGGAAGAUAUCAAAGAGCAUGAACAUAGCUAUGAGCCUAUGAAGAACCAUUGCAUUGGUAUAUUUAGGACCAUAAUUUCUUUUUAUGAACAUAAUGGUACUAAUUAAUUUCAUUAUUACGG